UAGUCGGUAUGUCAACGGAAAGCAGUGAAUGCUAACGCGAUGAGCGAUUAAUUUAUUUAAAAUUUACAAUAUAAUUUUGUAUAAUGAACGCAGAAACGAGAACAGUGAGCACUAGACGCGAUAACGUACCUAGUCAUUGUGAUACGGAUAUGACAUGCGCUAUUACUAUUCAAAUGUCAAACCCAGAAGCUGUGGGAUGUGUGGAGAGAUUUGCAACAUUUCUGUCAUUUCUUCUUGUCAUUAUCACUUUCCCGUUUUCGUUAUUCGAAUGUUUUAAGGUCGUCCAAGAGUUUGAACGCGCUGUGAUUUUUCGUCUCGGUCGAGUUAGAAAAGGCGGUGCAAGAGGACCCGGUUUAUUUUUUGUACUACCAUGUAUUGAUACAUACAGGAAGGUAGACUUAAGGACCGUGUCAUUUGAUGUACCGCCUCAAGAGGUAUUAACCAGAGAUUCAGUGACCGUUGCUGUGGAUGCAGUAGUUUAUUACAGGAUAAAAGAACCUCUUAAUGCUGUAGUUCGGGUAGCUGACUACAGUGCAUCAACCCGUUUGCUCGCCGCCACUACAUUAAGAAAUGUGCUGGGUAUGCGUGACCUGGCUCAGCUAUUGUCUGACCGAGAAGCUAUCAGUCAUAUGAUGCAAGCCAAUUUGGAUGUAGCAACGGAUCCUUGGGGAGUAGAAGUAGAGAGAGUGGAGAUUAAGGACGUUCGCUUACCAGUACAGUUACAAAGAGCAAUGGCAGCUGAAGCUGAAGCUGAUCGCGAAGCUCGUGCUAAAAUCAUAGCCGCAGAGGGAGAGAUCAAGGCGUCAAUUGCCUUGAAGGAAGCCUCGUUAGUUAUGAUUGACAAUCCUAUGGCGCUACAAUUGCGUUACCUCCAGUCAUUAAACACGAUAUCAGCUGAGAAGAAUUCAACUAUAAUAUUUCCUUUUCCAAUGGAUUUCCUUAAAACUUUUAUGCCGUGUCCUGGUACUAGCAUACAGUCACCACUGCCUAUUUAGUUAAAGAUUCUAUUACAAAAUUAAAAUUGAUUUCUUUAGAAAGAUUUCUGACAAAUUUAAAUCAACAGAAUAAAAAUCUCUAUUUAUUACAAUGUAACUUUGAAAUAGCAUCCUUCUUUUUCUGUUAAUGUUAUUUAUAUAUGUCUAACAGUAAAAAAGCUAUUCUAGUCGUAUACAUAUCUUUA